GUCGCGAGAAGACAGGUGACAGAGCUUAAGAGCAAAAGAGAAGAAGCAGCCACAAAAAUUCAAGCCAUACGCCGAGGAAAAUUGGAGAGACAGCGAGUAGAAGGCAAGAAGACGGAACUCGUGCAGGCAGCUACGAAAGCACAGGCAGUCUUCCGUGGCAAGAGGACCAGGAGGCAACUGGCCGAGGAGAAGCAGAAACGAGAGGAAGCAGCUACAAAGAUUCAGGCGAUCAGGCGUGGAAACGUCGAGAGAAAGCAGGUGGCAGCAGAGAAGAAGGAGCAAGAAGAGGCAGCCACGAAGGUGCAAGCAAUCUAUCGUGGCAAUGCAGCUCGGAAACAGCUGGCCGCAGAGAAGCAGCAGCGGGAGGAAGCAGCUACAAAGAUUCAGGCGAUCAGGCGUGGAAAUGUAGAGAGAAUGCAGGUGGCAGCAGAGAAGAAGGAGCAAGAAGAGGCAGCCACGAAGGUGCAAGCAAUCUAUCGCGGCAAUGCAGCUCGGAAACAGCUGGCCGAAGAGAAGCAGCAGCGGGAGGAAGCAGCUACAAAGAUUCAGGCGAUCAGACGUGGAAAUGUAGAGAGAAAGCAGGUGGCAGCAGAGAAGAAGGAGCAAGAAGAGGCAGCCACGAAGGUGCAAGCAAUCUAUCGUGGCAAUGCAGCUCGGAAACAGCUGGCCGAAGAGAAGCAGCAGCGGGAGGAAGCAGCUACAAAGAUUCAGGAAGCAGCUACAAAGAUUCAGGCCAUCCAACGUGGGAGAGCCGCUCGAAAAGAUAGAGCGGAGAAGAAGGGUGCUUUCCGGAUUCCGACAAGUCGCGAUGCCAAGGUGGCUGCAGUGCCAGCUGUCAGCUCGAUCGACAAUGGUGUCGAGAGUGACGAACGCGAAAAAGAGAAAGCCGCUACCAAGAUUCAGGCCCUUCAGCGUGGCAGAGCUGCCCGAAAAGAUGCCGCAGGCAAGAGGGAGGCAGCUUUCCGGAUCCCGGCCAGUGGGGACAGCCGGAAAGACGACACCAGGCCUGAGCCCACACCAGCUGCCAGCAAGGACGCAACGGAGCAACAGCGGGAAGAAGCAGCCGCCAAGAUUCAAGCGGUUCAGCGCGGCAGAGCUCUUCGAAAAGGUGCAGCAGACAAGAACGCCGCCGAUGUCCUCACCAUUCAGGCGAAGGAAGAAGCAGCAGCGGCGCACGCAGAAGCUGAAGCAGCCAAGGCAGCCAUCCAAGCAGCCGCGCAGCAGCGACUGGAAGCAGAGGCCGAACUUCAAGCAGCCGCGCAGCGCCGCGCGGAGACUGAGGCAGCGUGUGCGGAAAUCAAAGAGAAGGUCGCGGCGGAAGAGAGCCGCACCGCAGCAGCUGCCUCCGCCCGAUCUGAGGAGGAGGCUGAGCUGCGCCGACUGCAGCAGCAGUCGGAGGAGAUGGAGCAG